UGGUUAACCAUUGGUCAACUAUAGUCCUUGCGCGAACUUGGCCGAGGACAGUCCAAACUUAGGUAGGGCCAGUCCUAUAACACUUAUAAAGUUUGGGACCGUUGAUGUAGUGCGGGCAUCACACAAUCAAUGGUGUGCCCCUCCGACGAAGACUCUUUGUUGGAUCAGUAUGAGCUCCAGAGGUUACGCUUCGCGUACUAUAGUUUAACCAACCUUUUGUGAAGGUACUGCUAAUAUUAGUGGUACAAGUUGAAGCACGUACUACAGACUUGCCCACAUAGUACUACAGAGUCAGCAUGGAUACGGUAACUCAACCGCUGAAACCCGCCGAUCAGAAAAACAACAAGAGAGCGAAGAUGAGAAAUCUGGUGGCUUUUUGGUUGCUUGGUCUAUGUAAUAAUUGCAGCUUCUAUGUCAUGCUUAGUGCUGCUUACGAUAUCCUUAAAGGUGGACUUCCUGAAACGGAUGUAGACCCACAAGAGAUGUUCAACUUAACUAACAGCACAGAGGUAUCACGGUUUGACUGCAAUUCUCUCUCAACUGGGGUUGUGCUACUGGCUGAUAUUCUACCGCAGUUGAUCGUUGAUUUGGCUGGGCCUUGGUUUGCCGAUUACAUUCCGUACGAUUUUCGAGUUGCCGUCUGUGUUCUAACGGCGACAUCCAGUUUUCUUCUUGUUGCCUUUAUCGGGGUUCGUGUAGUUAGCGUUGCGCUAACGGGAGUUGCCUUGGCUGGUCUGUCCACUGGUCUGGGUGAAUUCACCUAUCUUAGUCUUUCAUCUUUUUAUGACAAGAAUGCUGUAUCGACCUGGUCAUCGGGGACGGGAGCUUCAGGCCUCGUCAGUAGCCUGACGUACGCCGGGUUGACGGAGGUUCUAGCCCCGAAGAACGCGCUGCUCGUUAUGCUGGUUGUGCCCGCUCUGAUGAUCAUCAGUUACUGGGGUAUCUUAGUCAAGGUUCCCGUGAAGAGACCCAUUCUACAUGAUGCCAAACAUGAGGAAAAGCAACGGUUGCUAGAGAAUGGAAAUACAGAGGGCGCUAAAGAAGAGAUGAAGACUACCACUAGACAACAUCUCACGCUCAAAGAGAGACUCCACCACUUUAAGUAUCUGUUGAAGUACAUACUCCCGCUGAUGUUCGUGUAUAUCGCUCAGUAUUUUACCAAUCAGGGCUUGCUGGAGCUGAUAUACUUCAGGGGAACAUUUUUGACACAUGACAGUCAAUACAGAUGGCUACAGGUUCUGUUCCGAUUAGGUGCGUUCAUCUCGCGUUCGUCGGUUAACAUCGUCAGAGUCGAACGGCUCUGGAUCUUUUCCAUUUUAGAGUGGUGUGUCUUGGUCUUAGUGUUCACAGAAGUCUACUUCACUUACAUGCCGAGUAUAGCCAUCGUCUUCGUCAUCGUCUUGCUGGAGGGGUUGGUGGCAGGAUCGGCCUACGUCAACACCUUCUAUCAAAUCAGAGUCAAAGAGAGUCCCAAAUACAAGGAGUUUGCAAUGGGAACGACAAUACUUGCUUUGACGAUCGGGACAUCCUUGGCUGGAGUAUUAGCCGUGCCUGUCCAUAAUGCAUUGUGCCAGCAGUAAAUCCCACAAAAUACUGGACUGGUUACCAUGAGAAAUAGAAACCCAUUCACAAUUUCAAAAUUCGCUCCAAUAUUAAAUAACUGGCCGCAUCUUUGAGGCGACCACAUUAAUUUGCCCCCAGUCUUCCCAAAACACUCUGACCAAUAUAAACUGUGGGUCAACAAUAUUUCCGAGCUAACCUUUUUAUAUUGUGAAAGGCUGUAUCGUCUUUUGUCAUUUCCUAAGCAGUUUUUAUUAUUUGUAAUUGAAGAUUUGUAUCAUUCUAACAAUUUCAUUUUUGGUACAAAACACACUAUACAAGUCAUGAUGUACUAUUUUACAGCACAUAAAAUUGCUUUUAACUUUGUGCAUGCAUAACGUUUUGUUAGUUUACUUAUGUUAUUUAUCGAGCUUUUAAAAUGAUUGGUAACAGUAGUAAUCUAAAUGUUAUCUGGUUUCCUAUAUAAGAGACGUAAUGUUUUAUGUACUGUUUUAAAAAUACAAACGUCACUUUUUAUGUUCCUUUUUGUUGCGUGGUUUUUAAUCAAUAUUUUCGCGUAAUUAGUCUUCCUAGUUUGAUGCCUCGGAGAGUGAGAAUUUUUCUUUACGGUAAUAAAGUAUUCCUAACGUUUCUGCAUAA